AUGGAUCUGCCCGACGGGGGACAUGACAUUGUCCAUCCAGAAGUCAGAGCACACAUCACCAGUCUGAUCUCCGCCCUUGGCGGCAUCAGCACCGAUGAAGAAGGCCAAUAUCAACUUGGUGACGAUGCCCUCGAGGUCUUGCGCGACAUCAAGCGGUGGAUUCGCUUCUAUGAUGAAAAGACAAACCGAAUGGACGUAGCCAGAUGUGUCUACGAAGGCAAUCUUGUGCUGGGCGACCUGAUCCCCAUUAUCGCAAAAUGGCCCGAGGAGUCGAUGGACAACAAGUUUAAGAGCAGAAUCGUGCUAUCCUGUUUUGAGGUCAUGGUUCCUUUGACUUGGCCAAUUGACCAGGAUAAGGAGAAGAUGACCGUCAACCACCACAGACACGUCCCCAUCCUCGAGCUCGCGCAGCUGCAGUAUAAAAGUGCCAUCAUCAACUUUGACGGCGCCAGAAUCUUACACUCGGCCAUCCGAUCCGCUCUUCCCUCGAUGGCUGUUCCAAUUGGCGAUCGAACGCCGAGAGACCAGGGCGUCAUCAAACUCAUUCUCUUCCUCCUGCGAAAUAUGGCCAUGAUUGCACCAUCACCAGGAGUUAAAUUUGACGGCGACGAGGGCCAUAUCUCUCGGUCCACCACAAUAGAUGCAUUUUCCUACCAAGAUGUCUUCAUCGUAUUACUCACCAUCGCCUCUAACAUGGGCGAAGAUUUCAGAACCGAGGAUGCAACAGUCAUGGAAAUUAUCUAUCACCUUGUCAAGCAAGUCGAUGUCGAAAAGCUCUUCAUGGAUGAAGAUCAAAUCAGCAAGGCCAUGGCCGGAGAGCUGUCCGAUCUCAUGAAAAAGGAAUCUGCUCAACAACAGGCAGGCAACAGGAAGGGGCCUACAAGACAUAACCGUUUUGGAACUAUGGUCUGGGUCAAGCGCGAAGAUGGCAAAAUGACAUCCUUGUCCGGACAAGAUGCGCUGGCUGACGCAGUCACGAGAAGCAAAAAGAUGGAUGCUAGCAAGAUAUUCCGCCCUACUCGGCGCAGUAGAAAGGCGAAUAAGGAGGAAAAAGAUCUCGGUCUUCCGACACCUCUGACUCCAGGCGCAGUCAAGCAGCUUCGCUCCUUUGUAGAGGAAUUCCUCGACUCAGGCUUCAACCCUUUGUUCCUGCAUAUCCGGAAAUCUAUCGAUCGUGAGGCACCACAUAUCAUGGAAUUUCAUCGACGCCAAUUCUUCUACCUUAUUGCUUGGUUCCUCGACGCCGAACGGGUGCGCCGCCAACGCAGCAAGGCCAACAACAAAAAAAGGGCCGAGGAAGUUAGCAGCUUCAACUUGAUAGCGAGUGUUUUGAAUCAGGAAAUGUUCAUUACGCUCAGCAAGGGUCUUCAUGAGUCGUACGAUUACAAGGAUUGGCCUUCACUCUCUGCAGCCAUGCGCUGCUUCACUCAAAUCUUGCUCACGAUCCAAGAAAUGGCGGAAGAGGGAACGGACGACGACCAGGAAAUUGCGGAAAACGUCUUGAGCCGCCUCUUCUACGAAGAAUCAACACACGACAUAAUAGCCAACAUUGCAAGAACGUAUAAGGACCAGGGCUUCGAGUACCUGGAUGCCGCCACCGAGUUGGUACACCACUUCUUGCGUGUUCUGGAAGCCUAUUCCAAGCAAAAUGCCGACAUGCAGGUUCGAUCCAGGAAACGCGCGCGCAGAAAGAAGAAGGCGGAGACUCAACAAAGCGGCGUCGACGAUGAAGAAAACGAUGAAUCCGGACAAGACGAAGCAGCGGUAGAGCGAACAUCAAAAGAACGAAAAUUCGACUUCCACCGAUUCACAUCACGGUUCACACCGCAAGGCGUUGUAAAUACAUUCAUUGCCUUCACCAAAUACUAUCGCGAGCUUAACAAGAUGCAACUAAAGCGAGCGCAUCGAUAUUUCUACCGAUUGGCGUUCAAGCAAGAUAUGGGUGUUAUGAUCUUUCGAGUCGACAUGCUUCACAUGCUGCUGAAUAUGGUCAACGGGCCAGAUGCACUGGAUAGAUCGUCGAAAAUGUUUAAGGACUGGGAAGAGUUAAUCAAGCAGCUGUUCCGUAAAUGCUUCAAGAAGAUGCAAGAACGGCCUGAACUUAUUGUUGAAAUGCUCUUCAGCAAACUUCCUGCGACUGCUUUCUUCCUCGAAUAUGGUUAUGAAAAACAAACGUCUGUCGUCAAGGCGCAACCUCGGCCAGCCGCCGAGCUUGUUUUCAAACACACCACUGAGCAUGAUCAACAAGUCGGCAUUACGGUUGGUGCUUUACUUGACAAGAAUGACUCGGAUCACCUUGAGUGGUUCAAAAAUGUCCUGACCACUGCCGAAAUUGAACGUCGUUCUUGGAGCAAUGCAAACGACGAGCUCCUGGCAACAGAGACUCCCGUUGAUGAUGCCGAAAUGGCCGAAAUGCCACAAGAACCAAGACUGCCCCCGGUUAUUACAGUUCGUCCCGACAGUCCUGAUAGGCGAUCAGCAAUGUUCAAGAAUCCCUACCUACGACUAUUGAUGAAUCUCGUUGGCGUGCGGCUCCUGGGCCCAGCAACUGAGGAAACACCGGAAUCAGUCUGGAUUAUACCAUCCGAGGUAACCGCCAAUCAGCUCAAAGACGCGCUUCACUACAUCAACCAAGCAGAAUUCAACCCGCCCACCUUUGAAGAUGGAACUUCUGCGGAGCAGCAACUGAAGCGCAAGACAGUACCGCGCAAGAAGGCGGCUUUCGAUGACGAUAAUGCUGAUGACGAAGACGGCCUGGAUGACUUCUUGGACGACCCGAUGAUGUUCCCCGCAGGUGGCCCCACGGCACGAAAAGUGGUUGAUGAAACCAAAAAAUCUCAAAAAUCUAAAAAAUCUCGAAAGAGGCGGAGUGCAUCGGAGGAAAUUGACGACCCCGAACGCGAAGACCGUGCUCGUAAACGGCGCGACAAAGAACGAGAAAAGGCUCGCAAGAUCAAGUCCGCCCUAUACGUCAAAGACGGAGACGAUGACUUUGAUUCUGACGAGGAUGAAGAAUUCUUUGCCCGCGAGCGUGCGAUCAAGACUCGAGCAGAACAAGCGGCCAGGUCUGCCAUGCGCGGCUUCGCCGACGAUGACAGUAUCGCGCCUGGGCAGCCCGCCGCAAAGCCAAGAUCACAAGCCCUUUUUGACGACGGCACCGAUGAUGAGGAUGGAGUCGACAAUGUCAAUUCGGCGCACCGCAUACUGAGCAGCCAGUCUACUGUCGAUGCCAGCGAGACUCACGAAACCGAGUUGGGCGGCGGCGGUGCGGAAAGGCAAAAAAGACGAAGACUGAGUCCGAGAACGGACGAUGACGAGGACAUGGGCAUGGGCGACGCUGACGUCGAAGAAAGAAUCACCUCUGGGACCGUUCUGGCGUUGGACGGAGGCAGUUCUGCGGAGGAAGAGGAUACUGCAGCACCGACUUCGACGGCUCGCAAGUCGCGCGUCCGAGGCGGCUUUGUGAUUGACAGUGACGAUGAUGAGUAG